AUGGCCAACCCACGUCAACGUCGCAAAUCCCGCUCCGGCUCGUCCAUGAAACCCUCCUUAAACGCCAAACGACAAAUGAAAAAGCGACUCGCUCGAGCACCCACAGUCCACGGCGCCGACGUCCUCAAAGACAACUACGACCCCAAACUAACCCUCCGUCAAAACUAUGCUCGACUCGGCCUAGUCCCCUCCCUAGAUGUACGACCGGAUACUGGUGGAACCGAGCGCACUCCCACCCAACCAUCCACUUCUACCUCUGAUCCAGACUUCAAACCUAAGAAAGGCAUGGCGAAGGUCAUCCGCGACGAUAAAGGAAACAUUCUCGACAUUGUCGAAGCUAACUCUGACUCAGAAGAAGAAACCGCCUGGGGGAAACCGAUUGCAAGUAUAGCUGAUGAUGAAGAGGUAGAGACGUACAUGCCAGCCGAGAAGGCGAAGAAGGAGGUGAAUCCGGUGGUGAGGGAAUUGGAAGAGAUGGCAGCGAAGGCUGAACCGGUGGAGAGACAUGCGAGUCAGUUGGAAGGGCAGUGGUUGAGGGACUUGGUACAGAAGUAUGCGGAGGAUACGGAGAGGAUGGCAAGGGAUAGGGGUUUGAAUGUCUGGCAAAAGACUGAAGGGGAGAUUAAGAGAGCGAUUAAGAAGGCUGGUGGAUUUGAGGCUCUACGUGGAUAG